AUGGCCAGGCUCGCCGACUACUUUGUGGUGGUCGGUUACGACCUCGACAAGCGAGGUGGGUGUGAGGGUCAAGGUCGCAUUCUCCAGCGGUUUCCUGAGAAAGACUGGGAGGACAGCCCGUUCCCACAAGGCGUAGAGCUGUUCUGCCAGCCCAGCGGUUGGCAGCUAGUCCCCGAGCGGCAGCCCGCCUCCUUCUUCGUAGCAGUUUUGACUGACAUCAACUCUGAGCGACACUACUGUGCCUGCUUCACCUUCUGGGAGUGCCAGGAAAACCCGCAGUUGCAGAAGGCGCGGGCCGGUGAAGUGGAUGAAGUGGACGAGGAGCCGACUAUCAUCCGACCAGCUCAGGUCUUUGCCCCUAAGAGUCUGGUGCUGGUGUCUCGGUUGGACUACACUGAUGUUUUCAGGAACUGUCUAGCAUUGGUCUACACCGUCCAUGUUGAUGGCCUGACAGUCCCCUUGGAGACAGUCAUCGGAAAUCUGCUCACUUGCGUCAUCCCCAUCGCUGGAGGCUCCCAGCGGACCAUCACGUUAGGCGCUGGGGACCGGCAAGUUAUCCAGACUCCCAUCAAUGACUCCCUACCCGUCAGCGGCAGCAGUGUGGCACAGCUCUUCAGGCAGCUCGGAAUAGUCAACGUGCUGUACCUGUUCUGUGCCGCCCUGACCGAGCACAAGAUCCUGUUCCUAUCCAGCAGUUACCAACGACUAACAGAUGCCUGUCGGGGACUGCUGGCUAUCAUGUUUCCCCUCAAAUACAGCUUCACGUAUGUUCCCAUCUUGCCCGGAAAACUCCUGGAGGUUUUGAGCACUCCCACUCCUUUUAUAAUUGGCGUCAACUCAUUUUUUCGAUCCGAGACUCAAGAACUGUUGGAUGUCAUCAUCGCCGACCUGGACGGCGGCACCGUCACCAUCCCGGAGUGUGUUCACAUCUCCCUGCUGCCCGAGCCGCUUCUCCAGCAGACCCAAACUGCACUCUCCAUGGUUCUGGAUCCUGAGCUGGAAAUUGCCGAUCACGCCUUCCCACCCCAGUCCUCGCAACCGUCGGCGCCCAAGAUUCAGGAUAAGGAGAUCCGUGGCAUCUUCCUGUGGCUGUUUGCGCAGCUUUUCCAGGGUUAUCGUUGGUGUUUACAUAUCAUCCGCAUUCACCCCGAACCAGUUAUUCGUUUCCAUAAAGCGGCCUUUCUUGGACAACGAGCACUUACGGAAGACGACUUCCUCAUGAAGGUGUUGGACGGAAUGGCCUUUGCGGGAUUUGUGUCCGAGAGAGGUCCUCCUUACCGGGCAACAGAUUUGUUUGAUAAUCUUGUCGCCAAUGAAGUUGAGAGGAUACGGCAAGAGGAAUUCUCGCCGCACAAAGUCAUGAGUCACAUCAAGGAGUUGGCUGAGCAGCUUUUUAAAAAUGAGAACCCUUACCCGGCAGUGAGUAUGCAUAAAGUUCAGCGACCGUUGGAAAAUGGACAGAAAGCAACUCAGACUCAGACCCCCUUUCCUGGGCUGGAUGAAGUGACUGUGCAACUUUUCAUCGACCACGCCACCGCCAAGCUCAAGACUGCGCCGCCCGUGGUCAAAGCGGAGGUUAAAAGCAGGGUGCCAUCCGGGCCUCCGCUUGGAGACAUGGUGGACCGGAACAGUAACGUGAUGGCCAACAGCGCCCGGCGACUGGAGGUUGUCAGGAACUGCAUAACGUAUAUUUUUGAGAACAAGAUGCUGGAGGCUAAGAAGUUGAUGCCAGCUGUACUCCGAGCGUUAAAGGGUCGGGCAGCUCGGGUGUGUCUGACCCAGGAGCUCAAUCAGCAUGUUUUACAGAACCGGGCAGUACUGGAUGACCAGCAGUUUGACUACGUCGUUCGAAUGAUGAACUGCACAUUACAGGACUGCUCGCAUAUCGAUGAACAUGGCAUUGCAGCAGCCCUUCUCCCAUUGGUCACAGCCUUUUGCAGGAAAUUGGGAGCAGGCAUCACUCAGUUUGCAUACAGCUGCGUACAGGAGCACACGGUGUGGACCAACAUGCAGUUCUGGGAAGCCAUGUUCUACAGUGAUGUACAGAAUCACAUCAGGGCACUUUAUCUAGAGACGGAGGACGGAGAGCAUCACGAACACACAGAACAGCAUGACGCCGGCCAUCAAAUUGGCGCGUUGGAGCUGGCGUCGGAGCAAAGCCGCCUGUGGCCGACCUUUGGCAAAGACGUGCAGACGGAGCGCGUGCAGAAGGAGGAGAGCACCGUGUUCAGCCAGGCUAUCCACUACGCCAACCGGAUGAGCUACUUGCUGCUGCCGCUGGACACCAGCAAGAACCGCCUGCUCCGGAGCUCCGGCCUCGGAGACGUGGAGAGCGUCAGCAACAGCUAUGUAACCAACAGUAUUGCAGGGAGCAUGGCGGAGAGUUACGACACAGAGAGCGGCUUCGAGGAUGCCGAGAGCUCUGACGUGGCCAACUCUGUGGUUCGCUUCAUCAACCGCUUUGUGGACAAAGUGUGCAACGAGAGCGGCGUGACCAACGAGCAUCUGAAGGCCCUCCACACCAUGAUACCAGAUAUCGUUCAGAUGCACAUCGAGACGUUAGAUGCGGUCCACCGUGAGAGCAAACGACUGCCGCCCAUCCAAAAGCCCAAGCUGCUGAGACCGACCCUUUUGGCAGGCGAGGAGCUGGUGAUGGACGGCAUGCGCGUUUACCUCGUCCCGGACGGACGCGAGGAAGCCACGGGGACGAUGGGAGGCCAGCCACUACUGCCCGCGGAGGGAGCCAUUUUCCUCACGACCUACCGACUCAUCUUCAAGGGCACACCCACCGACCCACUAGUGGGCGAGCAGGUGGUGACUCGGUCCUUCCCAAUCGCGUCAUUGACCAAGGAGAAGAGGAUAUCUGUCAGUUUACCCAUGGAGCAGUUUGUUCAGGAUGGGCUACAAUUACGGUCUUGCACCUUUCAGCUGAUGAAAAUCGUGUUCGACGAAGAAGUGGCGGCAGACCUGGCGGAAGUUUUCAGAAAACACAUGCACAAACUACGCUACCCCCAGCACGUGCAGGGAACGUUCGCCUUCACCGUCGGUCAGAGCGGCAAGCUAAUAGUAGAGCACAAGGCUAAGGAUAAGAACCAGUCGCUCAAGACACUUUCCAAAAACUUGGUCAAGACUGCCAAGAGGACCAUCAACCGGCAAUACGUGACCAAGAAGAAAUACUCUCCGCCUACGUGGGAGAACAGGAGCAGCUUUCAGUCCGAGUUGGACGAGGAUGAAAUUUCAGUCUCUGAGGAGGUGGAUCAGAGCUCCCUUACGCUUUCCUCAACUAUCCGCUCUUCGGACAGACAAACAAUGAGCAACGUGGUUGAGCGAGCGUGCUGCCGAGAUUACCAGCGAAUGGGCUUGGGCACGCUUAGUAACAGCUUGACCCGCUCCAAGAACGAGCCUUUCCGAAUUUCCACGGUCAACCGCAUGUACACGGUGUGCAGGAGCUAUCCGGGCCUGCUCAUUGUGCCGCAAAGCAUCCCGGAUUCAACCAUCCAGAGAAUUUGCCGCUGCUACCGGCAGAACCGCUUUCCUGUGGUUUGCUGGCGGAAUUCGCGAACUAAGGCUGUCCUUUUGCGAUCGGCCGGCCUCCACGCAAAAGGGGUAGUGGGCUUUUUUAAGUCUCCCAACGCCCCGACUUCAGUGCCCUCCCAGGCGGACUCCACCAGUCUGGAGCAGGAGAAAUACCUGCAAGCCAUUAUCAGCUCUAUGCCGUCUUACAACGAGAGCAGUGGCAGGAACACGCUCAGCGGCUUCACCUCCACGCACAUGAGCGCUUCAGGAAAAUGGGGGAGUAUCCGAGGCAGCGGGCGUCUAAGCGCCUAUAAUCCGGAUGUGGGGACGCGUCUGGCGGGGAAAGAGUCGCCACAGCCCAACGGUGGGCCCAGCGAGGCGCUGUUUCUACGUCAGCACAGGGCCUACCUCUAUAUCAUUGGGGACAAAGCCCAGCUCAAGGGCGGGAAGCAGGACUCAUUCCAGCAAUGGGAGGUAGUGCCCAUUGAGGUAUGCGACGUGCGGCAAGUGAAAAACAGCUUCAAGAAGCUGAUGAAGGCCUGUGUGCCCAGCUCCACGGUCUCGGACAGUUCCAACUUCUUGCGCUACCUGGAAGAGUCUGAAUGGAUGGCGCUGCUGCACAGGGUGCUGCAGGUAUCAGUACUUGUGGUGGAGCUGCUGGACACGGGAUCAUCCGUCAUGGUCAGCUUGGAGGACGGCUGGGAUGUCACCACCCAGGUGGUGUCCUUGGUGCAGCUACUGUCCGACCCUUACUACCGGACAUUCGAUGGCUUCCGGCUGCUGGUGGAGAAGGAGUGGCUGUCGUUCGGACACAGGUUUAGCCACCGUGGCGCGCAGACGCUAAGCAGCCAGAGCAGCGGGUUCACACCUGUCUUUCUGCAGUUCCUCGACUGUGUGCAUCAAAUCCACCUGCAGUUCCCCAUGGAGUUUGAGUUCAGCCAGUACUACCUGAAGUUCUUAGCCUAUCACUACGUGUCCCAUCGCUUCCGCACCUUCCUUCUGGACUCGGACUACGAGCGUAUUGAACUGGGAGUUCUUUAUGAGGAGAAAGGCGAGAGGAGAAGUCCUCAAGUGUGCAAGUCUGUGUGGGACUACAUUGACCGACUCAACAAGAAAACGCCGGUUUUCUUCAACUAUAUGUUCGCGCCAGAGGAUGACGAGGUGCUCCGGCCGUACACCUUCAUCUCCAAUUUAAAAGUGUGGGACUAUUACACGGAGGAGACGCUCUCAGAAGGGCCGUCGUACGACUGGGAGCUGCGGGGUCGUCCGGAGCGGGCGGCGUCGGACGAGGCGACGGACAAGCCCGACAGCAGCGCGCCAAAGUCGCGGCGACGCUCCGUGUGGCCGUGCUACGACAGCCUGAGCAAGAUGGUGCCCGACGCAAUCACCAAGCUGCUGCAGGACAUGCAGGCGCUGGAGGGUGAGCUCGGUCAGGCGUCGGAGAAGUGGAAGGACACUUGGGAUAAAAUUAAGGCCAAUCAGAGGAAUGAGACGAAACUGGAGAGCAAGUCGUCAUUCUCCAGCUCGCUCCUCAUGUCCUCCAACCUGAGCCACCAGCGGCGUUCGCAAGGCGUCUACCUACAGGAGAGCAGUGUGGGUUCCUCGAUCAACUUAGCCCUGGACUGCGAGGCCAGCGCCACCUCCACACCGGUGGCGGGCCGGCCGAGCACCAGUACGCUUUACAGCCAAUUCCAGAGCACCGAGAGCGAGAACAGAAGCUUCGAAGGCAUUUUAUUCAAAAAAGGCGCUUUGCUGAAACCGUGGAAACCGCGAUGGUUUGUGCUAGACAAGACAAAACAUCAGCUGCGAUACUACGAAAGCAGGCAGGACAAAGAGUGCAAAGGUGUCAUCGAACUAGCCGACGUGGAGUCGGUCCUUCUUGGGACGCCUGCCAUGGGAGCGCCCAAAAACAUUGAGGAGAAAGCCUUCUUCGAUCUCAAGACCACUAAACGAGUGUACAACUUCUGCGCCCAAGACAGCCUCAAUGCUCAGCUAUGGAUGGACAGUGUUCAAAGCUGCCUAUCAGACGCCUAG